AUGGCCUCUAUGGGAUUCAACUACUUCCCCACCGAAGUUUUAAUAAUCAUUGCUGGAUAUGUGUACGACCUUGAGACUUACGGGGAUUCGCUUACACUCAAUCGCCGUGAAGAUGGCAGACUGAAACGACAAAGCACUCUGUUCAAUUUUUGUCUUGUGUGCCAUCAGUGGUACUCGGUGGGAAUCGAGCCACUUUAUCGCGAACCUAGUGUCGCGAACGGCAAUAGGUUUAUGAAGUUUACCAAAACCUUAUGUCCAUCAACCAAGGCAAGAAACAAGACGAAGUCUGACUUGGGCUCAAUGGUUCAUGUGUUGAACCUGGGUCAAUUGGUUCACCAAAGCUCGAACAGUGUUACUGCAAGAUUGCUGAAUAAGGCUAGUGAGAACCUAGUCAAUUUUACAGCGCCCCGGGUCUCAUUUUCUCUCAAUGCCCUCGCAUCCCUGACCAAGUGCCGGAGCCUCAAAUAUCUGGAUCUGAGCCGAGUGGGCGAUUCCUCACUCAGCUUCCCACAGCUCAAGAAGGCUGUCAGCAAGCUCGCGAAUCUCCGCUCUCUUUCACUACCCAUCUACAUCCCACUUACUCAAACUUUGCCCACCACUGGGACAUGGCCUAGUUCCCUCACUAGAUUGAAAAUCGGCGGGCGAAUUGACCCUCAGCUAAUGGAAUACUUUGAUUGGCCACCUAAUGUGACUGAAUUGGUCCUGUCGAAUUGCAAAAACGUGACCGUGUCGCUUAUCAACAAUAUCUUGUUGAAUGAUAAUUUCCAAUACAGUUUGACGGAUUUUAUUGUUGAAACGGAUUGCAAUGUCGACAAAGUGGAUCUCGAUGAAAGCACGAGUGUCUUGAAUGACUUGGACGCCCUCGAGCAUAUCAAGAUGCCCAUCGGCCUCAUCUGGUCCUUAUUAAUGCUUGAAGACGGAAUGCCAGCCUUGUCUAUUCGAUCCCUGAUACUGACAGAAACUGUCGGCCCGUACGGUGUGCAGUACCCCAUACACCAUAACUUCUGCGACGCCGUUACCAAAUCCCUCGAAUCAGGCCCGUUGAGCAACCUGUGGUUUUUUCAAGCCCCGCAUUCAUUCCUUAAACAUUAUGGCGUGGAUCCAAUAAAGCUCGAUGAGCUUGUCACUAGUCACCUGGACGAUGUCGAUGACAAAGAACUGGAUGAGUUGGGUACGGGCUUUGGAUUUCAAGUUCAGAAAUGA